AUGCAGGAAGCGGAACCUUCAGAGGUUGCCGCGACCGUCAAAUCCUCUCUUGCGUCGCUAAGGAGCAUGCAGCACAAGGACGCUUACGGGAACCCAAUUCUCGAGCCUGACCUUUCCAAUCCGACCCGCAGUAGAUGGGAGCGCCCGUUGGACACCAUCCGGAGCUUUGAGGCGGCGAUUGAUGGCGGGUAUUCGAACCGGAGGUCCAUCAUCCGCGCAGAUGGAUCCGGUGGCCAGUUUGCGUACGACGGCUACUAUGGGAGUCGGCCGCCCUCCAUGAUGUACGCCAACCGGCCGGACGGAAGUCAACAAGAUCUGAGGUUUGGCGUUGCCGGGCAACGCGAUUCGUAUUACGACCAGCAACCUUGGUAUGGCGGCCAUGGACCCUCGGCUCCGAACGGGCGACGAGGCUGGCCGAGGAUGCCGUUUGAACCGCCGUCCGGCCCCAGCGCCCGCCAACAGCAGAACCCCCACGACUAUCCCAUCCCCAGCUAUCCCCGGCCUUACGAAUCGGUCACCACAGCUUCUGGGAGCGGUUCCUCGGGGGAGCCAGCGAGUUACCAGACUGAUCCCACAAGCAGCGAUAACAACUCCGUUGAGCGCGUCCAAUCCACGCCCAGGCGGCUGCCGGAACCAGUGAACGACUACGGCAUCGGCUUCAGCCAGAGUUCCACGUAUCAGCCGCCCGCGUUCUCAGUCGGAAUCCCAGGCCCCAGUAUGAACGGCGGUAUGAACGGCGGUAUGAACGGCGGUAUGAACGGCGGUAUGAACGGCGGCGGCGCGAGCAUCAACGAUUCCUACCCUAACGGGGCGGCAAACUAUGGUGCCCCAGCGCCCCCGGUUCCACACAAAGACCCUGGAUCGGUGCUGCGGAAACCACAGGGUAGCGGCCUCAUGCAGCAGCAGCAGCCGCCGCCGCCGCAGCGACCCGCACAGCCCGAGAAGCGAAAGAGUUGGUUUGCGCGGCGUUUUAGCAGGCAUGGGUAG